AUGGAUGGAAAACAUGUGGAUUGCAAUGACUUUUUUACAUUCCAAGAUGCAUUAAAUAAAAUGCGACAGUUAGAUGAUAAAGUACUUUUUGAAUUGAAUAGUGCCCUUCCCAGUCAUUCAUUUUCGUCGAAUGUUGAUUUUGGUAAACGAUGCAGGAUACUUCACGAAGAGUUGCUGGUGAUGAGGAAACUGCGAAUGGAUUUGAUACAACGAUGCGUAAAUGAAAAUCAGAGCAAAGUAGCGAAAUUAAGAAAUGAUGAUACAUCUUUUAGCGAGAUGCGAACCACUCAGAAUAGGAUAUUUGUUCAUCAGAGGCUCAUAUAUCAAGAAGAUACUAGUAGGUCAGAAUCUGGCGAUGCCAAAUCUUCACAAUAUCAAACUAACAUCACCUUAAGGAGAAUAAUAGUGAUUAUGAUGACUUAUACUAAUCUAAUCCACGAAAAUGGACAUUCUGAGCUUCUGGAAUAUAGUUAA